UGAAAUAUCAAAAUGACCAGUCAUUUGCCUCUAUCGGGACAUAUUUCAUUUUUUUACCCAGCCAAAUAACGUGGUCUGUUCCCUCUUCCAUCCAGUUCUCUUUAGUGUUUGCCAAUGUCGGAGGUGUAACUGGGGUCUGGCCCUGGACAAAGGAAUAGAGCAUGGCUCAAGUGAAAGUACAGACCUCAGCACCCCUGGCUGGUCCUGGCCUCUCCCCCGGAGUUCCCCCGACGGCCAUGGCCAGCCCAGGAUCCCUGGGUCUGCAGCCCUCCGUCAACGGCACAGGCCCGGCCCCCACACCCGCCUGCCCUGCUCCUGCAGUCGGAUAUGGGGACGCCCCUGUGUCUGCUACAUCGCCAGGCCCGCCCCAGGAGAACAUGGCAAACCCUAAAGAGAAAACUCCAAUGUGUUUGGUGAAUGAGUUAGCCCGUUUCAAUAGGAUCCAACCUCAGUACAAGCUCCUCAAUGAGAGAGGCCCUGCACAUGCUAAGAUCUUCACAGUGCAGCUGACUCUUGGGGAGCAGGUGUGGGAGGCAGAGGGCACCAGCAUUAAAAAGGCCCAGCACUCCACAGCCGCCAAAGCGCUGGACGAGAGUGUCCUUCCCAGGCCAGCACCCCGCUCCCCUAAAGUGGACAUCAACAGCAACCCAGGCAGUAUAACACCCACAGUGGAGCUGAAUGGUCUGGCCAUGAAGAGAGGGGAGCCAGCUAUCUAUAGGCCUUUGGAUCCCAAGCCUAUGCCCAACUACAGAGCUAACUACAACUUUAGAGGGAUGUUCAACCAAAGGUACCAUUAUCCUGUUCCUAAGAUCUUCUAUGUGCAGCUGUCUGUGGGGAGUCAUGAGUUCAUUGGCGAGGGACGCACCCGUCAAGCAGCUAGGCACAGCGCUGCCAUGAAGGCCCUGCAAGCCCUGCGUAAUGAACCCAUCCCCGAACGGCCACCACAGAGCCCAGAGGAAAAGGGGGAGACCGAGGAAGGCAGUGAUGCCAGCAAAUCAGAGAUCAGCCUGGUCUACGAAAUUGCCCUCAAGAGGAACUUAUCUGUCAACUUUGAGGUGUUGAAAGAGAGUGGCCCUCCGCACAUGAAAAGCUUCCUGACCCGCGUCACCGUGGGGGAGUUCUCUGCUGAGGGCGAGGGCAAUAGCAAGAAGCUGUCCAAGAAGCGUGCCGCUCUGUCCAUCCUGCAGGACCUGAAGAAGCUGCCCUUCAUCCCUGCUGUGGAGAAACCCAAGACGCACUACAAGAAACGUACCAAGACCAUCCUCAAGACGGGACCAGACUAUGGCCAGGGCAUGAACCCCAUCAGCCGUCUGGCCCAGAUCCAGCAGGCCAAGAAGGAGAAGGAGCCAGAGUACAUGCUGCUCUCUGAAAGGGGGAUGCCCCGACGCCGGGAGUUCAUCAUGCAGGUGAAGGUGAAUAACGAGGUUGCCACUGGAACGGGACCCAACAAGAAGGUGGCCAAGCGGAACGCAGCCGAGGCGAUGCUCCUUCAGCUGGGAUAUAAGGCCUCCACAGUCCCUCAGAGCCCCACCGAGAUGGACAACAAAGGCUGGAAUGGACAAAAGGCGUCAUUUACCGAAGCGACAAGCAACACCCAGAAGGGUCUGCUCCAUCUCAGCCCAGACGUCUACCAGGAGAUGGAGGCCAGCAGGAAGCAGGGGGGCAGUGCUCCGGGCCCCGGCGGCAGCAGUGGUGGCUCCGUUAACUACAUGACGUCCAAAGACAUUGGGCCCUGCUCUGCCCCAUUGCCCCCAGGACACCCGCCAUACUACAGCGGCUCAACCUCCUCACCAAGCCCAACCGCCACCAUGGCCAGGGAGCUGCUGCUUAACGGUCAGUCACCCACAGCCGACGCCUCCCUGUCCAUGAAGGGGAAGAACUCGGCCUUGGGCUGCGGUGUCUCCGUGCAGCCUGCACAGCAGCUGGACUACCUGGCUCGCAUCCAGGGCUUCCAGGUGAGAUGCAAGAAGGUGCAGUACAGUGAUGCGCAGAGUGGUAAGGAUUUUGUGACCUAUCUGACCCUCUCCCCUGUGCAAAUGACUUUCCACGGCACCGGGAGCACCCUCCAAGCUAGCCAUGACCAGGCUGCUCUAAGUGCCUUGAAACAGCUGUCGGAGCAGGGACUGGACCCGGUGGAUGGCCCCAUCAAGGUACACGGAUCACGCUCUCUCAGCGCUGGAUGUUUAACCAAUCGGGCCAGUCAGGGUGGACAGAUGCUUGUCUAGUGAGGAGCCAGAUACCACUGAACCAUGUGGGAGGGAGGAUGGACAUUAAACAGACUAACUCAGGCACCACCACUCAGGUCUGCAAGGAUUCAAAGGCUGUCGUCUAGGAGCUGACAACCCCAAACCUCUCCUUUUGGCAUACACAAAUCUGACAAACCCCACCCCACCCUUCACUCUGACGUCCCAUAACCUAUUACCCUCAGUGUCCCCAAUGCCCACAAUUCCCCCACCCUCUCUACCCGCCCCCGCCCCACCCCACGAUUGCCACUGUAUCCUGCAAAACCUGUCAACAUGCAAUAGGGUGGAUGUGCACCGAGAAAUGACAGACUAAAACACCAUUACCUGAGUCUAUGUGAAGACAACGCUAUCUUAACACGUUAAUUGAUGAUUUCAGUCAAAAUUUAGAGGACAAAAACUAAAUACAUGGAACAUAAACUAAUGAGAUAAAUGCAUGGUACUGUAUGAAAUCAAGGGAAAUCCAAAGUGAUACACUGCAUAGACAAUUUUCCCUUUGGAUCAGUGUCUGCCUUUGGUAUGGUUAAAACAAAUAUGUACAUCAUGCCAUUGAAAUACAAAAGAAACAUUUUAGGGGAGAAACCAACUUGCGUAUAGUAGCUUAUUUUUUCGGGGGUAUUAUGUUUCCGUUUUUUUUUUCUUUUGUUAUUUUAUUAAUCUAACAAUGCUUGAGUACUGUAUUUAAAAUUAACCAAUGCCAGUGCUGUGAAAGUUGUAGUUGUUGUCUUCAUAUAUAGUCACCCAGCUUACCUUGUAUGCUGACAUAAAAAAAGAGUUCAUCUAUCUAUAUGGAUGUGUAUGACUUGCAAGAGUAUCAUAUUCCGAAAAAUAACACAGAAAAAGUUUUUUCAUGUGGACAAAAAGGACAAAACUGAUGUUAGCAGUAAUCAGUAGAAGUGUUGACCACCCAGGAGGGAAGGUUGGACUAACCUUUACUUCCUAAAGGGGUCUAACUUUCUCGUUUAACAUGACCCCACACUGGCAUAGCAUCACUGGAGCAUCACCUGACCAACAGUGGAGGCAAAGGGCACAGUUGUACUUUUUAUCUAGAAAAAGAAGCCAGUUGCGAUAACAGCGGCUAGUUCUUAGCUCACAUUCUCUAAUGCCAGUCAACUUUUAGCGUAAACUUCAGAGAGUUAUGUACGAGUGUGACUGCAUGUCCUCCAGUGAAUGAAAAGUCCUCUCCAUUCCAGUGAUUUUGUGUCAGUGCCCCCUCCCCCUCCCACACACAGUUUUGUCGAUCACAUCUACACCCAUUGUGUGUGUUGUAUUGACCCGUCAAGGCAUCAACUGGGUGCUUUUAAUGCCUACUUUCUGGAGUGCGUCUUUUGAGCGGAGUGAGCCUGCGUUGCGAUUCGCAGACACCCUCCCCUAAUGGCCACUUUGAAUCACUUUGUUCACUGACAUUGAGGACGUGUCUUCUUCUUCGCUGUGAGUGCAAUGUGUAAUAAGGCUGUUUCUGUUACUGAAAUGCAGUAAAAACGCCUCAGUUCAUGUGGGAAAAAAAAA